CACUCAGCCAUAAAUCACAAUUCUCCUCCCUAUAAAUAUACCCUAACUCCAACCUGCUCUGCACUCCCACCGCCAUUAACGCGCCAUGGAAGCAUUCCUCUUUGCAUUCCUUUCGAUCCUCUUUUCUCUCCAAUCCCACGCCGCCUACGUCGGAAUCAACUACGGUCGCAUCGCCGACGACCUUCCGCCGCCGCAGCAGGUGGUGGAGCUUCUAAAAGCGCAGGGGGUUACCAAAGUGAAGCUGUACGACACCGAUUCUACAGUACUCUCCGCUCUCUCCGGCUCCGGUAUCUCCGCCACCGUCGCGCUGCCAAACGAGGAGCUCGCCGCGGCGGCGGCUAACCAAUCGUAUACUGACGAGUGGAUUCGAUCGAAUGUGGUUUCGUACUAUCCGAAGACGCUUAUCGACGCCAUUGCUGUUGGUAAUGAAGUGUUUGCUGAUUCGAAUAACACUACGCAGUUCCUCGUUCCUGCAAUGAAGAACGUUUACGCCUCGCUUGUUCGAUACGACGUCGCUUCGUCGAUUAAAGUUUCGUCUCCUGUUGCUCUCAGUGCUCUCCAGAGUUCGUACCCUCCGUCCGCUGGUUCCUUCAAAUCCGAACUCGUUGAGUCUGUGAUUAAGCCGAUGCUCGACGUCCUGAAGCAGACUGAAUCCUAUUUAAUGGUGAAUGCUUACCCGUUCUUCGCCUACACAGCCAAUACGGACACGAUCUCGUUGGAUUACGCUCUGUUUCGAAACAAUUCCGGUAAUAUCGACUCCUCCAACGGACUUGUCUACAAAAGCUUGUUCGAUGCUCAAAUCGACGCCGUUUACGCAGCAAUGGAGAAACUAGGGUUCCACGACGUGAAAUUGGUGGUUUCCGAGACCGGUUGGCCAUCCAAAGGCGACGAGAACGAAAUUGGAGCAAGUCAGGAGAAUGCAGCAGCUUACAACGGCAAUCUGGUUCGCCGAGUGCUCACCAGCGGCGGAACACCUCUCCGGCCGGCCGAUCCUCUCAAUACCUAUUUAUUCGCUCUCUUCAACGAGAACCAAAAGCCAGGUCCGACUUCCGAGAGGAACUACGGACUAUUCUACCCUAACAAGCAGAAAGUCUACGAUAUUCCUCUCACGGCGCAGGAUCUCGCUAACUCCCCCGGAAUGAUGAACGGAAGCAAGAGCCAGGUGUCUCCGGCGCCGGCGCCGCCUCAGACCGGAGCUUCGGAGACAUGGUGCGUCGCGAAUGGCGAAGCCAGAGCUGAGAAACUGCAGGAAGCGUUGGAUUAUGCUUGCGGCGAGGGAGGAGCUGACUGCCGUCCGAUUCAACCGGGUGCCACGUGUUACAAUCCUAACACACUACAGGCGCACGCUUCCUACGCCUUCAAUAGCUUCUAUCAGAGGCAUAGGCGUGUGAGUGGCACGUGCGACUUUGCUGGUGCUGCCUAUGUCGUCACUCAACCUCCCAAAUUUGGUAGCUGUGAGUUUCCAACUCGGAACUGAGUUUCAUUAGCAGUUGGUGGUGGAGCGUAAGCCCAGUUUAAGAAACAAUUCUGGCCCAAUAGACCAAAACGACGUCGUGUGAAGAAAUAUUAAAAUUAAGCAAUGGAUUGGAGAUUGGUGGGAGAAGGCGGAGUGGGUUGGCGCAAUUGAUGAAAGUAGACCAACGUUCGUGAUACAAUAUUCUAAUUU